CCGUGAGCACAAAACAGGGUGGUUGGGGCAGGACAGGGCAGGGCCCUCCUUCCUCGCUGCCCGGAGCCCCGCUCGGCCCUCGCGCUCUGCCUGCCGCUAGGCGGUUUCCCGAGGAGCCUCAGAGACACAGCUUAUAAUUGAGCAUGAGUCUUCUUAUGAUCAGUGAGAAUGUAAAAUUGGCCCAUGAAUAUGCAUUGCUGGGAAAUUAUGACUCUGCAAUGGUCUAUUAUCAGGGAGUUCUUGAUCAAAUGAACAAGUAUCUAUACUCAGUCAAAGAUACAUACCUCCAGCAGAAAUGGCAACAGGUUUGGCAGGAAAUAAAUGUGGAAGCUAAACACGUUAAGGAUAUCAUGAAAACACUAGAAAGCUUUAAACUAGACAGCACUCCAUUAAAAGCUGCACAGCAUGAGCUUCCAGCGUCCGAGGGAGAAGUCUGGUCCCUGCCUGCACCUGUUGAACGAAGACCCUCACCAGGACCUAGAAAACGCCAGUCGUCUCAGUACAGUGACCCUAAACCACAGAGUAACCGUCCAAGUACAACUGUCAGAGUUCACCAUCCAUCCGCACACAGUGUUCACAAUGACAGAGGGAAAGCUGUUCGUUGUCGGGAAAAGAAAGAACAGAAUAAAGGAAGAGAGGAGAAGAACAAAUCACCUGCUGCAGUUACAGAACCAGAGACAAAUAAAUCUGAUAGUACUGGAUACGAUAAGGACUUAGUAGAAACUUUGGAAAGAGGUAUAAUUUCUCAGAAUCCCAAUGUUCGAUGGGAGAUAUUGCUGAUUUAG